CCAGGCCCACACUUUUGAAGCAUGUCGAGCCAGGAGAACACACUACACCCACAGCUUUGGUCAUGGGUCUCUAAGUCCCAAAGAGACUUAGCAAAGUCCAUCUUGAUUGGGGCUCCAGGAGGGCCGGCGGGGUAUCUGAGGCGGGCCAGUGUGGCCCAACUGACCCAGGAGCUGGGCACUGCCUUCUUCCAGCGGCAGCAGUUGUCAGCUGCCAUGGCAGACACCUUCCUGGAACACCUCUGCCUGCUGGACAUCGACUCCGAGCCUGUGGCCGCUCGCAGUACCAGCAUCAUUGCCACCAUCGGGCCGGCAUCUCGCUCCGUGGAGCGCCUCAAGGAGAUGAUCAAGGCCGGGAUGAACAUCGCGCGACUCAACUUCUCCCACGGCUCCCACGAGUACCACGCUGAGUCCAUCGCCAACGUCCGAGAGGCGGUGGAGAGUUUUGCAGCCUCCCCGCUCAGCUACCGGCCGGUGGCCAUCGCCCUGGACACCAAGGGACCGGAGAUUCGCACCGGGAUCCUGCAGGGGGUGUGGGUGGACUACCCCAACAUCGUCCGGGUCGUGCCGGUGGGGGGCCACAUCUACAUCGACGACGGGCUCAUCUCCCUAGUGGUGCAGAAGAUCGAUCCAGAGGGACUGGUGACCCAAGUGGAGAACGGCGGCGUCCUCGGCAGCCGGAAGGGCGUGAACUUGCCAGGGGCCCAGGUGGACCUGCCCGGGCUGUCCGAGCAAGACGAGCGGGACCUGCGUUUCGGGGUGGAGAACGGAGUGGACAUCGUCUUUGCCUCCUUCGUGCGGAAAGCCAGCGAUGUGGUUGCCGUCCGGGCUGCUCUGGGGCCCGAGGGACAGGGCAUCAAGGUCAUCAGCAAAAUCGAGAACCACGAAGGCGUGAAGAAGUUCGAUGAAAUCCUGGAGGUGAGCGAUGGCAUCAUGGUGGCACGGGGAGACCUGGGCAUCGAGAUACCCGCAGAGAAGGUUUUCCUGGCUCAGAAGAUGAUGAUUGGCCGCUGCAACUUGGCCGGCAAGCCUGUUGUCUGUGCCACACAGAUGCUGGAGAGCAUGGUCACCAAGCCCCGGCCAACAAGGGCAGAGACAAGUGAUGUGGCCAAUGCUGUGCUGGACGGGGCAGACUGCAUCAUGCUGUCAGGGGAGACCGCCAAGGGCAACUUCCCCGUGGAAGCUGUAAAGAUGCAGCAUGCGAUUGCCAGGGAGGCAGAGGCCGCAGUAUACCACCGGCAGCUGUUUGAGGAGCUACGUCGGGCAGCGCCAUUGAGCCGUGAUCCCACAGAGGUCACUGCCAUAGGCGCUGUGGAGGCUGCCUUCAAGUGCUGUGCUGCUGCCAUCAUCGUGUUGACCACAACUGGCCGCUCAGCCCAGCUUCUAUCUCGGUACCGACCUCGGGCUGCAGUCAUUGCUGUCACCCGUUCUGCCCAGGCUGCCCGCCAGGCCCACCUAUGCCGAGGAGUCUUCCCCUUGCUCUACCGUGAACCUCCAGAGGCUAUCUGGGCAGACGAUGUGGAUCGCCGGGUGCAAUUUGGCAUUGAAAGUGGAAAGCUCCGUGGCUUCCUCCGUGUUGGGGACCUGGUGAUUGUGGUGACAGGCUGGCGACCUGGCUCUGGCUAUACCAACAUCAUGCGGGUGCUGAGCGUAUCCUGAGAUGUACCCCCCAACACAGCCUGUCUCUGCACCCCUUCCUUCCCUCCCCACUCUACUUCCUCCACCCUCCA